GAGUCAUGCUCCUUUAUAAGCCUUGUAUUAAAACACGAAUUGCACACUGGACUGUUCAUCUCAAGUCAGCAAUCAUGUUGAAGUUACUUGUAUCAACUCUCUUCGCUGUUGCUUGUGUUGAAUGCAGAAAUGUACCUGUUCCAACUGCAGUUCCCUACAAUGCUCAACCAUACCAUUCUCAAGCUUUUACUGUACAACCAAAAUACAACGGUUUGCCAUAUGUAGUAUCUCCUUACUUCCCUGGAUCAUACUUCAGACAAGAUUUUCUACCAGCUAAUCCUGCCUACAACCCUUAUUUAUAUGGAGCUUACCCGGCUUUCCCUCAGCAAUACCCUUUUAAUGAUGGAACACAAGUUGCUGAAAAUGCAGGAGCUGAAUCUUCGUAUAUUGACUACUUGACUUAUUAUUAUAACAAUUAUUUUCCAAGCUGGUCAAGUAUUUACGGUGGAUCAUCUGAAACAACAUCUGCUGAAUCAUCUCAACAAACCACAGCAUCUGAAGGAGCUGCCGUAAAUGCUGAAAAUUCCAUCAAAGGUGAAAAACCAACUGAAGGGCUUAAAAGUGAAACUCCAAAUACCGUGAACCAAGUGCCUAUACAAUAUCCUUAUAGGCCAUUUGCAGCUCCUCAGUUUUCUUACUUUGGUCAACCUCAAUUUUAUGGUCAAUACCAACAACCUGCAUACCAUGGUUCCAUUUCCAACUAUAUAUUGGGCUAUCCUCAACAGGUAAUUGGCCAACGUUUCCAUCAAGCUCCUCAAUAUGAAGCACCUGGUUCUGCUGCAUUAGCUUACCAAAAAUAUUUGCAACACCAUAAGCAGAAUUCUCAACAAUCACAACAAGGAGUAUCACAAGUUCAACAAGAUGCUUCUUCAGUCACAGUUAACUCAGUUACUAAUCAACCCGAAAAUGAUGAUCAACAAGCACAAACUAAAAUAACAUCAGAUCCAACGAGAGCAGUAGCUGAACCGAUAGGCGUUGCCUUUGCCGGAAUCGGAGGUCAAGCUGGAGCUGGACCUGUAGGUACAGCAAUUGUUGGAAAAAAUGCCACAGCUGUUGCAGAUCCUAAAGCUACAGCUAUUUCUAUAGACGAGACACCAUCUUUUAACAUCAUUCCUGUACAUAAAAUGACAUCAGCAUAUAUAGCCAAAUAUACACCAGAAAGUGGAGUUUAUAAAAUUGUUGAAAUUAAAUAAAAUUAAAAUAGGGUUAAACCCUUGUUAUGAAUUAAGUUUCGAAAUGUAAAAAAAAUAAGGCUAAAUCUUUCCAAACAAAUUAAAUGUGUAUAAAUAUUAUAUGUAUCGACAUUGACACAUCCAUAACAUAUUUGUUUCAAUAAUAUAAUUCUAUCAAGUAGAUUAAUUAUCUUAUUUUUCAUGAUUUUUAAUCUUCAUAAUUUUGUAUUA